AUGCAUACCAAGCCCAACCAGACUGACCCUUCACCGAAUCAAAGAAAUUCUAGCAGUCAUUCCGCGGAAGAAAUCGAAGCAGAGAACAACGAUUGCGGAGAAAGCACAGAAGAACACGAGGACAACGGCGAGCCACCAGGACAGCCCGAAUGGAAGGCGCUAUUCUAUUUCACCACAAGGCGGCAUAUCUGGGUCUUACUCGCUGGCAUCACAUUCUCGAUUACCGCAGGCCUCGUGGUACCAGUGCAGGCAUUUCUUCUAGGCAAGGUCUUCAACCUUUUCGUCCAGUUCGGCGCUGGCCAGUUGAGCGGCGAACAACUCGUAAAGCAAGUCUCGAAGUGGUGCAGCUGGCUCGCCGGUCUGGCGUCAGCGAGCUGGUGCUACCAUGCCGGAGAAUACUUCGCGUGGCUCACCUUCGGCGAGCUGCAAGGGAAGAACGCUAGAGAGCGGCUGUUCAGAAAUUUGCUUGAGAAGGACAUAGAGUGGUAUGACAUGCGGAAAAGUGGGGUAGGGGCGCUGUUCCCCCGGCUACAGAUGCAGGUCCAGGAGCUGCAACUUGCAACAUCACAGCCUCUCGGAUACACGUUCCAGAGUUUUGCGACGACCAUCCUCUCACUCGCCAUGGCAAUGUACUUCUCUUGGAAGUUGACACUCGUAAUCCUGGCCACCGUGCCGGUUUGCUGUGUGGUGGUAGCGUACUUGUCCUCGAAAAUGCAGCGGUACGUCGAGAACCAGCACGAAUCGCUAUCAGAAGCUUUGAAAUUCGCGACAACGUCACUUUCCAAUAUCGAGACGGUCAAAUGCUUCAACGGUCAAGACUCCGAGAACUGGAAAUACAUACAGGCCAUUGGGAAGGCCGCGUCGUGGUAUGCUCGCCAAGCGAACGUGAUCGCGCUCGAGAUGGGAUUUAUCAGGCUUGCCACCCUGAGCAUGUUUGUCCAAGGCUUCUGGUACGGAACCAUGCUCGUCGAUCAGGCCAAAAGCAACCCUGCUAAGAUCUUGACGUGCUUCUGGGCUGCACUCAUGGCGACACAGGGCUUCAUGCAGUUCUUGCCCCAGCUCAUUGUUCUUGAGAAGGGCAGGGCAGCCGGGGCUAGGUUGCGCGCGAUCAUCGAACAAGUGCCGAAGGGUGGAGAAGUGGAGAAGGGCAGCCUUCAGCCGGAGCAUUGUGUGGGGAACAUAGAGAUCAGAAACGUAUCGUUCGCGUACCCCGCACGUCCCAAACAGCUUGCGCUGAAGGAGUCGUCGCUAUACUUCAAAGCAAACGAGAUGACAUUCGUGAUUGGUAGAAGUGGCUCAGGAAAGAGCACUGUUGGCCAGCUUCUCAUGCGAUAUUACCAGCCUUCGAGCGGAGAUAUUUUUCUGGACGGAAACGCACUAAAGGCCUACGACGUUCUAUGGCUACGCAAAAAUAUCCUGCUCGUUGAGCAAACCAGCACGCUAUUUAAUGAGACAGUGUUCCGGAACAUCUCCUUUGGCAGAUCAGACUUCCAGGAUGUGACACUGGAAGAGGUGAAAGAAGCCGCUCAAUUUGCGCUACUGCAAGAAGUAGUGAACGACAUGCCGCAGGGUUAUGACACCAUCGUCGGGUCUAAAGGUAGCUCUUUGAGCGGCGGGCAGAGGCAACGUAUGGCAUUGGCCCGCGCUCGGAUCCGAGAUACACCGAUUCUCAUACUGGAUGAGUCAACGAGCGCACUCGACUAUAUUAGCCGGUCCCUGAUCCUUGAAGCCAUCAGGUUCUGGCGGAAAGGGAAAACGACGAUAUGUAUCACGCAUGACAUCUCGCAAAUCUUGGAAGAGGAUUACGUAUAUCUGUUGGAGAAGGGUGAGAUCGUGCAAGAGGGCUUCCGUGAAGCCAUGGAAGCAGCGCAUGGCUCUCCAUUCCAAGGUUUCAUGGAAACCCUAAGGGGAGAAGAAAGUCAAUACAACGUGAAAGCCACAAGCGAGGAUCAAGAACUGCCGAAAACAAGACACUCGUUGUUGUCCGAUUCGUCCUCGGCAUAUACGGACCCAGGUCUGAAGUCAUUGAGCAGCGAGGACUCUUUGGACGCCUUCUUCUCAGAGCCUCCCACACCACAUAUGCGAUACAUGCCAACCUUCGCCAAAGGCGCCGGUGUAGCUACUCAGAGACACUCACAGUACGUACCAAUCGGCCUUGCACCACUUCUCCAGAAGUUACCGCAGGAUAUCAUAUCGCCAAAGCUAUUACCACCCUCGCCAAGCUCAUCUGCGAAGCGGCACAGUCCUACAUCAUCUGAAGACUCAUUCCAAGCGAUCGCGCAUGACAUGCCUGGUGUCGAGGGCGGCGAUCUGCACCAGCUGAUUGCUCGAAGUGGGAGCGUUGCCGUGCAGAAUCGGCUGUCUGGCGUCAGGAUUCGCAGAAAUCACUCGAUAGCUGUCGAAGCGGGCGAAAUAUCGCCAAAGCCGGUUAAUCUCAAGCGCGUGUUCAGGAAACCUCGAGCAGAGAAGACCUUAACCGAAGCGUAUACCAUGAGGCGAAUCCUAGGCACGGUCUGGCCCUCAGUCUCGUGGAAGAUCAAGGCUCUCAUCGUCAUUGGCUUUUUGUGUGCUGCCAUGCACGCAGUGGCCACUCCCGUCUUCUCGUUCUUCUUCACGAAGUUGAUCCAGACUUUCUACGUUGCUACGGGCCGGAAGGAAAAGGCCUUGAGAUACUCUCUGGCCAUCCUUUCCAUUGCCAUUACAGACGCUACGUUGAGCUACUUGAUGAACUUCUUGCUCGAAUACUGCGGACAAGCCUGGAUCAACAGCGUGCGUGCAGAAGCGUUCAGACGGAUACUUGACCAGCCUCGAGAGUACCUGGACCACGCAGACAACAGUGUCUCUCGACUCGCCGAAUGUCUCGAUCGACAUGCCGAAGACAUGCGAAACUUACUUGGUCGCUUUGCUGGCCUGAUCCUCGUGGCUGUCUUGAUGAUGACGACUUCUAUCAUUUGGAGCUUGGCAACCUGCUGGAAGCUGACAAUGGUUGGGCUGGCUAUGGCUCCGGUCCUGUACGCCAUUACAUCUACAUAUGGCCAUGUCAGCGCAAAGUCGGAAGGGCUCUGCAUCACAGCCGCAGAAGCCACCGGCAUGAUCGCUCAGGAGGCCAUCACUAACAUCAGGACGGUACGAUCCCUGACGCUGGAGAAUAUGUUCCUCGAGAAGUACCACGAAUCCACUGCAGCCGCAUUGAAACUCGGCAUACGACGCGCCGCCUUCUCAGGCAUCUUCUUCGGCCUUACCGACGCCGCAAUACUCUUCAUCCAAGCGCUCCUCUUCUACUACGGCGCGGUUCUCGUCUCAUCCCGGCAGUUCACAACCACAGACAUCAUGAUCGUGUUCACGCAGCUGCUGAUGAGUAUGACGAACGUCAACAGCAUCGUAGCCUUCAUCCCGCAGUUGAGCUCCUCCCGCGACACAGCCACGCGUCUCCUGAAGCUCUCUACCCUUCCAAGAACCUCGCACGAGCACCUCGGCAGCACCCAAGUCGCCGCAGUCGGCGACAUCGCCUUCAAUGGCGUAACCUUUUCCUACCCGACCCGUCCUGCCGCAACCGUCCUUUCAGACGUCUCUCUCUCCAUCCCCGCAAACACAUGUGUCGCCAUUGUCGGCGCCUCCGGCUCAGGCAAAUCGACCACCGCAGCGCUGCUGCUGAACCUAUACAGCACGCCGCUCGCGCCCUUCGAAACUCUCCCACGCAUCACGCUGGCAGGGAGAGAUAUCAAGCACCUCCACACCCCAACCCUCCGCUCACUCAUCUCCAUCGUCUCCCAAACCCCCGUCCUCUUCCCCGCCACCGUCGCCGAAAACAUCACCUACGGCCUGCGCUCGUCGAGCCCCUUCCGCUCCCCUCGCUCUAUCCGCGCCGCCGCCGAAGCAGCCGGUAUCGACGAGUUUAUCGCGUCCCUGCCCUCGGGCUACGCCACCGUAAUCGGCGAAGGCGGGCUCGGCCUCUCAGGGGGCCAGGCGCAGCGGGUCGCGAUAGCGCGGGCGCUGGUGCGGAAGCCGGAUGUGCUUGUGCUGGAUGAGGCGACCAGCGCCUUGGAUGUCGUGAGUGCGGAGCUGGUGCGGCAGAGUGUGAAACGCUUGGUUGAGAGGGGCGGGAUGACGGUUGUGAUUAUCACGCAUGCGAGGGAGAUGAUGAGGGUGGCCGAUAGGGUGUUUAUGCUGGAGCAGGGGAGGCUGGUCGAGAAGGGGGCUUUCGAGGAGUUGAGUAGGGGUAAGGGCCCUUUUGCUAGGUUGUUGGCUGCGGGGGAGUGGAGUGGGGAGGGGGAAGUGGGUGGUGGUGGGUAG